AUGGGGAAAACAAUCCUUAUCACUGGUGCCAACCGCGGGAUUGGCCGCGGCAUGUUCGAUCACUAUGUUAUUCAGCCGGAUAACACUCUAAUCGCCGCCGUUCGUGAUGUUGAAGGUGCUCAGGGCCUCGUCAAGGUUCCAAGGGGUCAGACCACCAAAGUCCUUAUCACCAAAAUCGACUCUUCUUCGAAGACCGAUCCAUAUGAUGCCGUCAAAGAUAUUGAAGCGAAGGGAGUUAAUCAUAUUGACGUCGUUAUCUCCAGCGCUGGCAUUGCCCCUUUAAAUACGAUCGAAGACCUGCCGUUAGAGGAGUAUGAGCAUGCACUCAUGGUCAAUGGUAUCUCCGUCAUGCUCUUAUACAAGGCCACACUACCGCUCCUUCGAAAGGCACCUCAUCCUGCUCGGUUUGCUUUCAUUAGCGCCGCGGGUGGUAGUCUGAAUGAAAUGCCCAACUACCCCUAUCCAAAUGCUAGCUAUGGUAGCUCCAAAGCUUUAGCCAACUACUUGGUCGUCAAAAUGGGUAUGGAGAAUGACUGGCUCAUUACCUUAUGUAUCCAUCCGGGGUUGGUACAGACAGAACUAGGGAAUGCGGGGGCUCGCGCGUUCGGCUUAGAAAAAGCACCAGUCACCCUUGAAGAAAGUAGUAAGAAUACUGCUUUUAUAAUUGACAACUCUACUAAGGAGGAGCAUUCCCAAAAGUUUUUCAACCAGACUAUCGACAAGAUCCAUCCUUGGUAG